AUGAGCAAGCGUGGGCGGCAGGAGGAUCAGGUGGACGUCGCACACGCUAUCGAGGUGCUGUGCUGUCGAUCAGCGGUAAAGGGGGAAACAGAGGGCGUCAGCCUGACCCCACUCGAGCAGCAGGUUGUGGCGCUGAAGGAAUCCAUCUCACCACAUGUGAUCUUGAUGGUCGCUUGCGGUUAUCGCGUGAAAUUCUAUGGCUCCGACAGCCGUGCCGUCAGCCGCCGCGUCGGCAUCAUGUGCAUUCCAGGGCAGCCCUUCGAGUACAGCAGUUUCCCAUACACUCGCUUGGACCUGUACGUGCACCGGCUCGUGGCGAUGGGCUACCAUGUCGGCGUUGCGGACCAGGAGUCAGCCGCUAUGCGGGCAGCUGACGGGCUCAAGAGUGGCCUCUUCACCCGCAGUGUGUCGCAGUUGUACAGCCGUGGUACCCUCCUCCCCACAGAGCGCGUUAGCAACAGCGGUGGUAGCGGCAGCAGCCCUGGGGACGCCUCCAAAACCGCAGUAGAGGAGAGCUACGCCGGAGCAGAAGCCGAAGAGGGGAAUGGCAAUGCCAUCGGCUGGCCAGAACCGCAUGCGUCUCCUUCGUCAGAUUCAGGCACCUCUGAGCUCUUCCUGUGUUUCGUAGACGCUGGCCGCUGCUGUAGUAGGAAUGGUACCAACGGCGCUGGCGACGCGUCCACAAGAGCGCGGCCGCUGUUGUCCGUGGUGUUGGUGAGUUUCGUGACGCAGCGGUGCCUGCGCUUCGACGUUCGAGGCGCUAUCGAGCUGGAGGAUGUCACUCAGCGGUACGACAUCGCUGAGGUGAUUGUGCUGACAGCACAGCCCCCAUCGAAAGAGUGCGGCAGCCGCGAUGUGUCGUCGCAACGCACAACAGCGAGCUUCUUGAAGGCCUUGCCGGAGGUGUACGCGACGGUUCUGCACCACGGACUGCCACUCAACUUCGGUCCAACAGCAAAUGGGGAAGAAGAUGGUAAGGAUGUCAGUGUCUCCGGCUACGUCUAUGCCGCUGGGCAGAGCAUCGACGCUGCCAUCGAGGCGUACCUGAAGCCGUACAGGCUGGACCAGGUGUACGGGCUACUGUGCGCGCGCGGAGGCUUAGCUGCGGAGUCUCUCUGCGAAAACGAAGAAGCGGCAGCGGCGUCGUCUCCAGCGCAUAACUACGCGAGCACAGGCUCGUCUCUCCACUGCCUACACCUUCCCGGUCCGACGCUCCGCGCGUUGGACGUGUUUCACAGUAGUGUGGGACUCCGCGGCUCUUUGAUUGGGCUGCUCGACCACAGCAUCACACCGUGCGGGUCGCGGUGUCUGCGCCGGUGGCUCGCUGCGCCUCUGUGCGAGCGCAGCUCUAUUGUCGCUCGGCAGGAAGUACUGGUCUACCUCAUGGGCCACAAAGACAACGGCCAGGUCGAGGACCUCCUUCGCGAGUGUGCGCGGCUGGGGGAUGUUGAGGCUGUCGUGAGCAAACUGUAUGCGGAGCGCUGUCAGGUUGUAGAGUUUGUGCGCCUGCUGCACAUGCUGAGGAGCGCGUCAGUACUGGCAGCGCAGCUGUGCAACGGGGAAAGCGAUGUCGACCUCAGCAGCAGCCGACCGCCACCUCUUCUAGCUCAGUUGUUGGCCGCUGUGCAUGGCGCGGCGGUGACCCGAUUACUCGAGGGACAUGCUGCGCUGCUGCGCACCGCCGCGACGACACCGCUAGAGUUCUUCACAGAGGGAGGAUGCGCCGUGCCGGACGCGUUACUGCCACAUCUGAAGGCGAGGCAGGCGGCGGAGACUGCCCUGCAAGCGGAGCUCGAGGCAGCGCGAAAGGCGCUGAACUUGCCGGGACUCGAGUAUCGUACCAUCUGCGGGACUCCUUUCGUGCUUGACGUGCCAGCCGGAAAGUGCGCGCACGUGCCGUCGGACUGGCUGGUGCAUACGCGUACGAAGACGAACGUGCGCUACCACACGCCGAUCAUCACGGAGCAGCACACGGCCCUGACAGCGGCGGCGGAGCGGUUGUCGCUUGCGGCCGCCGCGGCUUGGAAGCAGCAUCAGCGUGACACUGUCGCUGACGCAGAAGUGAUGCGGGUGCUGGCAGGUGUGGUGGAGGCCGUCGCGUCACUGGACGCCCUCCGCUCCCUGGCUGUGGUAUCCCAGCAUCCAGGAUACGUGAUGCCAGCACUCGUGGCGCUACCAGCGUGUGCGCCGUUGUCUUCCACGUCUGUGUCGUCGCCCGUGGCGCUCACCAUUUCGCAGGGCCGCCACCCCAUCCUCGACCGGCUUCUCCCCCACGGCUACGUCAGCUGCGAUGUGCAACUGCGCGUAGGCGGCGCGUGGCUUCUGACCGGCCCAAACAUGGGCGGCAAGUCCGCUCUCAUGCGCAUGGUCGGUACGUUUGUCGUAUUGGCCCAAAUGGGCUGCGGAGUGCCAGCGGACGCAGCGGAGCUGCCGGUGUUCGAGGGCGUGUAUUGCCGCAUGGGCGCCAGCGACUCCAUCAUCGAAGGCGCCUCCACCUUUCUGUCCGAGAUGGACGAAACGAGUCGCAUCCUACGCGCCCCGCAGCUGCCCCACUCGUUGGUGUUGAUGGACGAGCUGGGGCGCGGCACAAGCAGUUUCGACGGUGCCGCUGUUGCCGCCGCUACGCUGGAGUACCUGCUAGACCGUCGGGCCACCACCUUGUUCGUGACUCACUACUGCUAUCUGUGUGAUCCGUACGUAGCGCAGGGAACCACCGGCGGCGGGGAAGGAGAGAAGGGGGCAAGCGUCGACGAAGCUCGCGAUGUGACGUGCUACUACAUGGGCUUCAAGGAGUCGGAUACAAGUUCGCCUACUGAGCAUGGUACGAAGCCGUCCUUGAUCUUCACGUAUACGCCGUGCCGCGGUGUCACGCCGUCGAGCUUCGGGGUGGCAAUCGGCCGCGAAGCGGGUCUGCCGACAGAGGUGACAGACGCCGCCAGCCGCCUAAGCGCCGAGGCGGAGCAGCAGCAUCGCAUGAGGCAAGACCUCGACGAGGUGCGUCGUUUUCUGUCGUCGUGA